AUGCAGCAUGAAAUCCGCUUCUGUAUUCCAACUUUAAUUAUAUUUGUAGUUGCUUUAGUUCAUAUUUCUAAUAGUAAAGUAAUCCAUGGGGUAAUUCCUGUUGACGAUUCUAAAUUUCCCUAUCCGAAAGAUUUGACCUUUUUCUGCGGCAAGCUGGGAUCGAUGAUGACAAUCCAAUUAAAUUUUACUCGCAAAGUAGUUUGUAGCCAAUGCAAAAUUUAUUUACUUACUAUUGAUAAUUGGAAAAAGUUGCAAGCCGGCAUCCAUUAUAAUGAUAAAUCGGAACAAGAGAAAUCGUGUCAAAAUAUCUUGCGGACUGCUCAUCUUUAUGUGGAUAUUAUAGAGAAUUCCUUGUCUCAAUCUGUCAUUACCUCCGCUACUCUGAAUGACGAACAGUAUUCAUGUUGGUAUCUUGUCUAUGCAAAUCGUGCAACGUGCAAUAGCAUGUCCACGCCAGCGGAAUCAAUCACUCAUCAAAUAAAUUAUGUACUAACUCUUCAAAACGAAGCUAUUGAUAACAACACAAUAACUCAUUUCAGCGCUGAAGAAGAAGGUAUUCUCCUAUUUUAUCAACGUUUUACGUUCGUGCACUUUUUCGUAAUGUGUCUUAUGGCAAAUUCAGUCGUACAAGUUAUUAGCAAGGCUGGACCGAUGCAUCAGGCUAUGGUACAGCUAGCAUUUGCAGAAGUAUUUCUAUUUCUCAGCUUAAUCCUUGCUACCUUUCACCUUCUGCAAUACUCUUCAAAUGGCAUGGGUAUGCCAAUAAUGUUGUUCUUAUCCAAUUGUUUCGCUUUGGCAUCGCGUUUCUAUAUGUUUCGAAUGCUUUGUGGAACGUCGUUUGCGUUACUACGUGGAAAUACAUUCCUUAAACCAAGCCGUGAAAAUUGGGCUUUAACUAUUGCCAUAUCGUCGGUUUUUGCAGAGGAGAUAGUAAUCUGGUAUAAGUUGUUUUAUGAUGAACUUCAUCGCUCCCUGAUAUGCUAUUUUAGUCUUGGGACGCAGCCUUUAAUCUUAUUCAGACUUGUGGCUUUUGGUAUUAUCUGCUAUAAAUUGAGCGAAAUGAUAUCAGAAGCGCGUGGAGCUCUGAAAAGGGAAUUCUAUGUUAGAUUUUCUAUGUGUUGCAUAUUGUGGCUUCUUGCACCUGUUGUAUUCUCGUGCUUGGCAAGCUUCUUUUGCCGACAGUACUUUGGAAUAGCCCUGCUUGCUGAUGGAACGUUACUGUUGCAAUUUUGUGCUUCCUUUCUGAUGUAUCGAUUGAUUAUGUCAAGAAGCCUAUAUUGGGAAGUUUCAGCACUAUCAGCUAGUAUACUACCAACUAGGAUUGGUUCAAUCCACAGAUAG